AUGUCGUUCCAGCCGCCGUACAAAUACAUCGAUGCCGACUCUUUAGCAUCGCUCCUCAAAGACCCCAAAACGAAGGAGAAGCUAGUCGUUGUUGAUGUACGGGACGAUGACUUCGAAGGUGGAAACAUCAAAGGCGCGAUCAAUGUGCCGUCAUCUAAUUUUGAGAACAAGGUAGCGGACCUCGUCAAGGCUCUUCAGCACAAGGACAAGAUUGUUCUCCAUUGCGCUCUCUCUCAGCAGAGAGGUCCGAAAGCUGCACGAAUCUACUCCGAGGCAAAGCAGGCUGAUACUCAAAAGGCCGACAGUGCACUCGAAGGAAAUGAGCUCGGGAUAAGCCAGGAAAUCUACGUCCUGCGGGACGGCUUUGGCGGCUUUGGACCGAAAUUCAAGAGUGACCUCGACCUCGUAGAGAACUGGGACGAAGAGGCUUGGCAGUAUCGAUAA